CCUUUAAUCAACUCCCCCUUUCUAAUAAGUUCAGUUCAGGAAGGGACGUUAAAAUAUAAGUUCAUGCGGGAUAUAUAGUUCCCCUGACUAAGCCCCAAUUGCCAAUGUUUCCCAGGACUGAACUCCAUUCUGGGCACUCAAGGUAACAGCCAUGUUGGGUUCUCUUCUUCAAGUCAACAAGCCGCACAAGACUAGAUUCGCUUCUAAAUCUUCACGUAACAUCCACAAAAUUUCCCAGAAAGACAAGAGUAAAAUUUCAAAAUCUGAGCGCAAUGUUGCCAAAGGAGCCAAAGCUGCUCGCUUGGAGCGUAACAAACUGAUGAGGGAGCAGAAGAGAGCAGCGGUUUUGAAAGAGAAGAGGGCAUCAUCUGGAACAAAAAGUCCUCCCCGUGUUAUUAUAAGUGCCUUUUGUAGCCUCACAAUGACUAAUGUACUCUUUGGUCUUUCUGCUUCUGUGAACUUGGAUGCAAUUGAAGAAGAUAUUCUGGCAUUGUUGUCUGGGGAGGGAAACAAUACUGUUUUUCCAGCCGUUGCCUCUGUGGAGUACAAGCUGAGAGCCACGGUCUUGAAAGCACCUCAUGGUGAUUUAUUGGCAUGCAUGGAAAUGGCUAAGGUUGCUGAUUUGAUUGGUUUUAUAGCAUCUCCCACCUCUUUACACGAAGACGGCAAUGGUCAUUUUAUUGAUUCAUUUAGAUCUCAAUGCCUUUCCCUGUUCAGAACUCUUGGUCUACCAAGCACUGUGGUGCUGAUCCGUGAUCUACCCAACGAUAUAAAGAAGAAAAAUAACUUGAAGAAGAUGUGCACUUCUAGCAUUGCUUCAGAAUUUCCUGAGAACUGUGAGUUUUACCCGGCAGAUACAAAGGAUGAGUUGCAUAAGUUUAUGCAGCAUUUCAAGGAGCAAAGGAUUACUGUUCCUCAUUGGCAAAACCAGCGGCCUUACCUUAUGUCCCACAAGGUUGAUAUUGUAGCUGAUGAAUGCAAUUCAGGAAAAUGUACCCUUCUCCUCACUGGUUAUAUACGUGCUCAUGGCCUCUCAGUGAAUCAGCUGGUUCAUGUUGCUGGUGCAGGGGACUUCCAGUUGUCCAAAAUUGAACUUCUUAGGGAUCCGUGUCCUGUAAAUGCAAGGAAAGGAGAGGACUACAUGGAAUCAGAUGACACAAAUGUACAGGUCAUGCAUUGCUUUACCCCAGUUCCGUUGAAGCAAGAGUCUUUACUUGUCGAAAAUGCCCCUGAUCCAUUGGUGGGAGAACAGACAUGGCCAACAGAAGCAGAAAUGGCUGAAGCCGACCAAAACCACCAGGAGAGAAAACAGAAAAAGAAGAAACUUUCCUGGGGCACCUCUGACUACCAGGCUGCUUGGAUUGUGGAUGAUUCUGAUGCUGAUGAAGUUUAUAUUAAUGAGGAUGAAGAUGAUGGUAUGGUGCUGGACGAUGUAGAGAGCGUUUUUCCUGUCCAGAAGCAUGAGGACUUUGAGCUUGACGAUGACCAGGGUUCCCUUUUUUUGAGAGAAUCUGAUGAAGAAACUGAAACUGAUUCUAUAGUUAUGGAAGGUGAUAACUUAACAAAAGAACAUAUAGAGGAACAAAUUCGAAAAAUUAAAGAAGAACAUGCUGAAGAUGAGGAAUUUCCCGAUGAAGUGGAUACCCCAUUGGAUGUUCCUGCUCGAAAGAGAUUUGCCAAGUACAGAGGUGUCAAAUCUUUCAGAACAUCUUCAUGGGACCCCAAAGAAUCUCUUCCUCAGGAAUAUGCUAGAAUUUUUGCAUUUGACAAUUUUACAAGAACACAGAAGCAUGUUCUUGCUAGAACACUCGAUAUGGAGCAAGAUGCCAAUGAUUGUAUACCUGUUGGCUCAUAUGCAAGAAUUCAUAUCAAGGAAGUACCAAAAGGUGUUGCAUCCAAGUUAUGCAUGUUGGCUAAGAAAAUGCCGGUCAUAUCCUCUGGUCUUUUGCAGCAUGAAUCUAAAAUUUCUGUCCUCCAUUUCAGCAUCAGGAAGCAUGACACAUAUGAUGCUCCUAUCAAAGCAAAAGAACUCCUCCUAUUCCGUGUCGGUUUUUGCCAGUUCUUAUCGAGGCCAAUUUUUUCUUCAGAUAAUAUCAAUUCUGACAAGCACAAAAUGGAGAGGUUUCUUCAUGCUGGGCAAUUUUCAGUAGCUUCAAUUUACACUCCAAUUUCUUUUCCUUCUCUUCCUCUAAUUGCUUUGAAGAGUGAGGGAGAAGAUUCCAUCCCUACUGUUGCUGCUGUUGGUUCCUUGAAAAGUAUAGAUCCUGAUAGGAUUAUCCUUAAGAAAAUUAUUUUAUCUGGUUAUCCUGAACGUGUUUCUAAAAAGAAAGCAACUGUAAGAUACAUGUUUCAUAAUCCAGAGGACGUGAGAUGGUUCAAGCCGAUUGAAGUUUGGACCAAGUGUGGACGCUGUGGGGUAAUGAAAUGUGUUUUCAACGGGGUCCUUCAGCAGCACGACACAGUCUGCUUGAGUUUAUACAAGCGCACAUACCCGAAGUGGCCCCGAUAUUGGUUCCCACUUCCAAGUGCUUGGCUAAAUUAGUCAUGUAUCGGAAGCAGACGGUUUCUGUGGAGCUCAUUGUUGGAGAAAUCGUGUUUACAUGCCAAGGGGAAUGAAGCUGUGGUUCAGAUUUGAUCAUUAGUUUUUGAGUUUUCUGGCUUGUCCAAAUGCAGGAGAAAUCGUGUUUACAUGCCAAGGGGAAUGAAGCUGUGGUUCAGAUUUGAUCAUUAGUUUUUGAGUUUUCUGGCUUGUCCAAAUGCAGCUUGCAACACACUCAUUUGGUUUCUUCAAUUUGGGGGAAGCAAAAAUUUUGUCUGUAUAGUUUAUGUUGAUAAGCCGUUUAGCUUAUGCUUGAUAUGCAGUUUAGACAGCACUGCAUAGUAAAACGAACUAGAUUUUUAUUAUGUUUCUUCUUUAAUCACAAUCGAAUCUGGCAUACCAAAUGUAUUUGUUUUUGUACAAGACAAGAUUUCUGUUG